CUCCUAUAAUUGACCAAGACCAAUCGUUCCAGCUCCUAUCUCUCUUCGAGAUGUCGAAACGAACUCACCCUGACAGCGGCCCCUCCAAGCGAACCCGUUUCGCAUCCCCUUCCCACCUCGCCGAAUCCUCGACCGAUUUCCUGCAAGACGACCUCGAUGUCAGUACCACCAACUCGAAGAACGCCCGGAACAAGGACAGACGAUCGUUGAAGGAUGCAUCCGGGUACGAGUCGGACUCUACCGAUAGCGAGGGGGAGGGAGUGGUACCUUCUCGGAAGAAGAAGGGAAAGGGAAAAGAUGAUGACGAGGACGAGGACAUGUUUGGCGGGAGUGAUGAUGAAGAGGAAAAAGACAAGGAUAAGAAGAAGGACAAGGGGAAAGAGUUUCUAAACCUGACGGAUAUCGAAGGGCAGGAUUUCGGACGGAAAAAGGGAAACUACGUCGGAGAAAAGGACGACGACGAUGAUGACGACGACGACAUCGAUGGAAAAGGCAAACGCAAACUCGACCUGGACUCCGACUACGACUCGGAAGAGGAAGCCCUCAAAGCCGCUCAGGGAACAGGCUUGGACGGACCGAUGGCCGCAGAACUUACCGCCUUCAACAUGCGUUCCGAACUCGGCGAGGGACGUAUGACGGCCGACGGCGAGAGUUAUAGCGUCAACGAUCGGGAUCCCAACGACCAGUACGAUCGAUGGCUAGAAGGGACCGACCGAGCGGCGGUGAGGAAAGCUAGGAGAGCAAAGAGGGAGCAAGAGAGGAUGGAACAAGAACGCGAAGCCAAGGAGAUGGAGGAGAGUACGAAUGGCGGGAAGAGGGAAAAGGAGGAGAGGUUGAUGAGAGAGAUGAUCGUGCUCCUAGAACGAGGAGAGACGGUAUUGGAGGGUCUGCAGAGGGUUGGGGCAGAGUUGGAGAAGCAGAGGAAACAGGCAGUCGAGGGCGAUUCGAAAGAGAAGGGAGGGAAGAAGAAAUUGACGUGGGCGGAAAAGCAACGGGAGAGGAAGGCCGUUUUGCAGGGGACUACUGCGGCAGCAUCGGGAGCGGGAUCGAACGAUAUGCAGGUCGACGAAUCCCCGGAACACCUGCCAGAAAACCCCUUUGCCCGCCUAUCCACCCUGAUCUCUACCCUGACCUCGCUAGGUCACCUGGACGUCUACAGUAUGACGAGAGAGUCUCUGCAAAGGAUGUUGCCUGCCGAAGCUCCAGCGUCAGUCAAGCCAGAACAGGAAGCCAAGGUGGACUUGAGAGCGUUCGAAUAUAGGUUCUCGAAAAAGUAUCUCAGCGGGUUGGAUGCUGCUCGACGUCCUGUCGAACGGGAAGUCUUCGGCCCGUUCCCGGCACAAGCGCUUCUGAGCUGGAAAGCAUCGGGCGCGUUCGGGGGAGAGUCAUGUGAGAACAUCGAAUUGAGGGUGAGAGGGCCACAGGGACCGGGAGAGUGGGGGGAUUGGAAGACGGUGUUUGAGGCGGGCGGAUGAGGUGGCAACGAGAAUGCUGGAGAUCCUGGGCUGGUCGGGAAUAUGACUAUGAGUGAGAAUGAUAGAUAAUAAUACGAUGCAACGAUCUGAG